AAGCGGUGAAAGUUGGGAUAACAUUCCUCUUGCACCUCAUACAGCCAGGACUAGCUCGUCGGAUUAACCCACACUUCACCAACAUGGCGAAAUCAAAAGCUGUCGCGAAAGCCGCACCGAAACAGGAGAAUGCGCUCGCUACGAAGAAGUCCGGGUCGCCGUACCAGCUGGAUCCCGCGCAAGUCGAACGGGCCGCAAAGGGACUCAUUGCGCACAUGAAGAAGCAUGCACAGGAAAAGGAGGAUAAGGCCGACAAGAAGAACCUCGCCGCCGACGAAGACGACGCCGCAGAUCAGGACCAGCCCAUCUUCCUCACUGUCACUACUAAGCAACACGUCCACGACACCAGCCGUCUGAAGCCCGCAAAACUUCCCCUCCCCCACCCCAUAAUCGGUGGCGACGUCCGGAUAUGCAUCUUCACGAAGGACCCCCAGCGCGCAUACAAGGACCUCAUCUUCGAAUCCUCCGAGUUCCCCACCGAGCUCCGCACAAAGGUUGCCCGCGUCAUCGGCGUCGACAAACUCAAGAAGAAGUGGAAGUCGUUCGAGACCAAGCGCCAGCUCCUCGCCGAACACGAUGUCUUCCUCGUCGACGACCGCGUCACCAAGAUCGUCGCCGAAGCCCUCGGCAAGACCUUCUACGGCACAAAAUCGAAGCGCCCGAUCCCCGUGCGGCUCACCGCGGGCGCCUUCAUCGACAAGAGCAAGAAGGACGACAAGAAGAAGCAGGAGAAUGUUGUCGGUACCGCUGCGGGCGUCGCGAAGGAGAUUGAGGCCGCGCUGAGCGCCACGUAUGUUAGCAUGAGCGCGUCGACGAACACCUCGAUCAAGGUCGGCAAGCUGUCGAUGACCCCGGCCCAGCUCAAGGAGAACGUCGAGGCGGUGGUCGAGAAGCUGAUCGAGAAGCACAUCGAGCACAAGUGGCGGAACGUGCGCGGGCUGUACAUCAAGGGCCCAACGACCAAGGCGCUGCCCAUCUGGGUGCACGACGAGAUGUGGGUGGACGACGACAAGGUGCUCGACGCGGCGCCUACAAAGGCCAUCACGGACGCCAGCAACAAGGGCGAGAAGCGCAAGAAGUGGGAGGAGUGGGAGGAGGAGAUGCUGGACGACGAGGACCUCGAGGAGAAGCGGGAGCGCAGGAAGGCGAAGAAGAGCAAGAAGGACCCCGAGCAGGCGAAGAAGAGCUCAAUAAGCAAGGAGAAACGGACCAAGCUGAAGCAGGAAGCGCUUGAAUCGGUGCAGACGCCGUUGAUUGCGAAUUAACCUUGCUUUAUGUGCAUCACCUGUUCGCGGCGUUGGGCGCUUAAAAGGCUGGUCUGCUUAUGUAUGAAUGAAUACCAGAUUC